AUGACGGAGCAGCCCCUCCCGACCAUGGUGCUCCGACUCCUCCUCGCCGCCAGGAUUGUGGCCCACCCGGCGGGGCUCCUGAUCCAACAAGGGCUACCAGCCAGCCAGCACUGCCGCUGCUGGUCCGUGACUGCUUAUUCGCCAGACCCUAGAGCGGUGCUGCCAUUCGCGGUGAUUGGAAGCAACUGUGUGAUUGAAGGCGAGGGUGGCAAGCGCGUGCGUGGUCGCCAGUACCCCUGGGGUGUGGUGGAGGUGGAGAACCCACGCCACUGCGACUUCACAAAGCUGCGAAUCUUCCUCUUGAAG